UCCCACUUUAGUGGCCUUUAAAGUUGGUUUUCCAUGGAAAGCUGGGAUUUCCUACUGGAAAAAACUCACUACAGCUUUAAAGGACAUUUAUUAGAGAUGCCAGGAACAAAACAAAGAUGUCAUUUUAGAAUCUAACCUUUAGUUUUAGUUUUCUGAGGCAAAUGGAAGGCACCAAUGGCUCCUCUGCACCCAGAAUCUCAUUCCAGUUAAACAGAACCUUUAAGCUCUGAAGCAGUUUCCUGUCACGGAUCUCGGCGGAGCACCACCGGGAGAGGACCGUCAGCUGGCCGGUUCCGUUACAACUACCGAUGGAGGAGGGACGGAGCACCGGGAACGGGUCCAGCCGGGCCGCCUGGCUCCUCACGCAGGCCCAGGUGGCGGUGGCGGUGGGCGUCAUCAGGAGCAGACCCCCUGGCACCAGCGGCCGGGAGCACGCCGAGGAGCUGGGCCGCAGAAUGAGGAGGCAGGAGGCGGCGUGGAGGGAGACGGCCCAGGUGCUGCGGCAGGAGGUGCUGAGGCUGAGGCAGGAGCUGCUGAUGUCCAGGAGCCUGGUGGAGGCAGAGAGGAGCAGGCAGACGACAGGUCUGGUCCCCGACGACGGGCAUGAUUUGUGUCCCUCCUGUCUUGGUGUGGAACAUCUCCGGGAGGCGCUGUCGGAUGACGCCUGCCCCAACUGCUCCGUCAUGCCCCGGUCGGUCAGGCUGAGUCGGUUGGCUGCGCUGCAGCAGCCUACCAACUGGGUCUACCGAUUGGGCGGGCGCUGUGCCGCAUAG